AUGGCCAAUUCUACCCUCUUCAUGUUGCCUGCAGAGUCGCAACGUAUCUGCAAGACGGUUCAGGAUCAGAUACAACAACGAGAAGAACAAAAAGGCCAACCAAGGAAGCAGAGAGAUUCCAAACAUUUGAUCGAGAAUGCUGUAUCAGCUUCUUUAAUGCAAGAUCUUUCAUUCGCAGCGUUUGGUCUAAGCGUUGCAAAGAAGACCAAGGAAACAAUGGUGGCGUAUGGUAUUGGUCAACCAUAUACACCUUGUGUGGUCGGAAUCUCGGAACUGCAGCCAAUGGAACUGACAAAGUUGCGUAUGGAAACACAUCACCGAGGUUGUUUUAUUCACUUGCGACGUGUAUCGCCGGUUGUCAUCCUCGAAGCAUCAUCAUGGACAGUUGUUCAAGGAGACUUAUCUAAUGAUGUUGAGCGACUAGAAGUUUUUCUUCAUAGGUCUCGGCAUGGGGGCGAUAUUCUAGACAUGGCAUCCGAACUUGUUGUCAAAGAGCCCUACUUUACCUUGAACAACCAGGGAGAACACACCAUUAGGAUCGAUCACCCUUCGGAUCUUAUCGUGACGGAAAUCAGCCAGGACCCUGAAAGUUGGCGAAAAAAGGAAUGCCGGUCAAGUGGAGAGACCACCUCGGCCGAAACAUGCAAGAAAAAGGGAAACAACGCCCUUCUCAAGAAGAAGAACCUGGCACAAGCCCAUUUCCACUAUACAAAAGGGCUAAAGCUCCUUGCGCAUCAAGACGGGAACAACACUCUGCGUAAAGAUCUCUACAGAAAUCGAGCGCAUGUCAACCUCCAGCUUCACCGGUUCGACGAAGCAAAGUCUGAUGCCCUAUCUUCUGUCACGGAUGGCCAAAGUGACGAACAUCGAGGUCUCGAUGCCAAGGCCUAUAACCGAGCUGGUUUGGCUGCUUAUGUCCAAGGCAUGUUUCUGGAAGCAAGGCAAUUCUUCGAACGACAAGCAGCUCUUCAACCUGGAGAGCGGUAUCCCCGGGCAUACCUUCCGAAGAUAAAUGCCAGGCUUCAGGAGCAGACAGAUGGUGCUUAUAAUAUGAAGAGUGUUGUCAGCUCGUUGUCCAAAACUGGAGGCAGACCUGAUGCUGCCACCUUCAACGGCCCUACCGAGAUCAAAGAUAGCCCUGGGGCCGGUCGUGGUCUUUUUGCGACUCGGGAUAUCCAAUCAAACGCGAUCAUCAUGUGCGAAAAGGCCUUUUGUGUGGCAUGGAGCCAUGAGCCCGAAACGUUCAGUUCGUUGGUGUGUGAUACGCGAGAAGACGCUGCCCUGAAAGUCUUCCCUGCUGGACUACACAAAGCAGUGGUCCGACAGCUACUCGAUAACCCUUCUCAUAUUGAGGAAGUACUGAAGCUUUGCGGAGACUACAAAGGGGAUGGCAAAAAGCUGCAGCAAGUGAAUGGCGCACCCGUAUUCGACACCUUUCAGAUACACGACAUUGUUCAGCGGAACGCUUUUGGGCUUGGGCAACAAACCGAAGACGAAGAUAUCAGCAACGCAAGCACUGGUCUAUGGAUCCGUGCAUCUUAUAUCAACCACUCUUGUAUUCCUAACUCAAAGAAGGAUUUCAUUGGCGACUUGGUCAUUUUCCGCGCGACUCGUAGAAUUGCAGCUGGAGAAGAGAUUACGCAUAGCUAUGAUGAGUCGAGUUCCUAUGAAGCACGAAAGGCAGCCAUUCAACGAUCGUGGAACUUUGAAUGCCAUUGUCAGCUUUGUGUGGUAGAAAAAACAGAGAGCGAGGAUAUACGGAGGAGGAGAGUCCAGGCGGAAGCUAAGGUGAAUGACUUUGCUAAGGGCAACAAUCCAGUCGGGGCGAGUGGAAUCGUGGUGAGGAGGGCGAAGAUGCUUCGUCAAGCUCUCAAUGAGACAUAUGAUGUGAAGAGAUGGAAAGGAUUACCGCGGCGAGGGCUUUUGACGAUAGAUGAGUGGCUACGGGUAGCCAGUUACAGAUAA